AUGCGGAGCGGACACAGGCGAAGACGGGACAGAGAAAACGGUGAGCAGCGCGCCGCAAGACAGCGGGCUGAUGCGGAGCGACAACGGCUAAGCAGGGAAUCUGAAGGAGUCGAAGAACGGAGAAAUAGGCUUUUGUCUGAUAGCGGACGCCAUCAACAAAGACGUGAUGGUGAGAGUCGCCAGGAAAGACGUGCGAGACUAUCAAACGAUGCUGAACGACACCGAAGAGAGCGCAAUCGUCCUUCUGAAAUGCUCGAAGUAGCCUUAAGAGAACGUUUCGCACAGUCCAGCUACCUAGGUCAUUUGAACUACAGGUGUGGAAACUGCGGAGCACGUCACUUUCUCUGCGAAGUCAAACGUCAGCAUCCAGAUCUCUUCCUUGAUGCUCUCUACGGAUACGGAGCGCAACAGCGCACUCAAAAAAACUUCAUGGACAACAUCAGAAGCUUCAAUUCGGCGUUAGCAAUGGCGUCGAUGGGAGCUCAAGUCGAUACGUUUCGAGGCCGAGGCCCUUAUUGUUAUCGCAUUCACGGGCAAGUAUAUCAUCGAAUAGGACCACUCCAUCCACAAGAAGGAGAGGAACGACAAUACGGACAAAUAUAUAUUCUUGACACUGAAAUGGCUGCUCAACAACGCAUAGGAGAUGUAAGGAAUGCUGAUUGUGACCCUGAGUUGAUGCGUUUCCUCAGCGAAUUAAUUUCCAACAUCAACGUCUACGCUCAGUCCUUUAAAAUGAUGAGUGAAGUUGAGCAAGCCGAAAUUGCUCUAGCUGAAAGAGAAAAUCGUCCCCCUGGCAACCUCAGGAUGGUGUUCGAGGAAAGCAGAGAACGGGGACUUCUUCGUCGACGGUACGACAUCCCGACAGCCAACGAAGUGGCGAUCGAGCAGAACCGUCUGAACUUCCAACGUCAGAAUCAACCUGCCCUACGCGCUGAUUACUACAGAGGACUUCAAGACUAUGUAGCCGGGGAGGAUGUCAAUGGACCACCAGGACGGCGCGUCAUAUUGCCGUCAUCGUACAUCGGUAGCCCAAGAUCGAUGCAUCAGGCCUUCCAAGACGCUAUGGCCAUUGUAGCCCGUUUUGGCAAACCUACGUACUUUUUGACGAUGACCUGCAAUCCACAAUGGAAAGAAAUACAGGAGAACCUGUUCGAUGGACAACUUCCAUCAGAUCGUCCUGAUCUGACUUCGCGUGUGUUCCAUGCAAAAUUAAUGGAGCUGUGUUCUGAUCUCUUCAAAAAGCAUGUGCUUGGAGAAGUGCAGGCGUACGUCUAUGUUAUUGAGUUUCAAAAGCGCGGAUUGCCACAUUGUCACAUGCUCUUGAUAAUGAAGGAAAGAUGGAAAGUUCGCACACCUGAAGAGUGCGACAGAGCAGUGACUGCCGAAAUUCCGAACCCAGAAACGGAACCGGAGCUUCACGCUGCUAUCACGUCCUACAUGAUACAUCGCCGGUGUGGUCCAGCAGACCCUCAGUCUCCGUGUAUGCAAUCUGGCUCCUGUUCUAAGAGAUUCCCAAAACCUUUGCGUCACCAUACAUCUGUGGAGCCAGACGGAUAUCCUUUGUAUAGAAGGCGCAACCGUUUCCCGGCUGAGAUACAUGGGGUCUCUUACAGUGAUGAAUGGGUCGUUCCGACGAAUCCAUAUCUGAUCAUGAAAUAUGACUGCCAUAUUAAUAUGGAAAUAUGCGGGAUGAUCUCAGCUGUGAAAUAUCUCUACAAGUACGUUUACAAGGGGCCAGAUCGAGCAAAUAUUCAACAUCGAAGGUGCAGGCGAAGAAUGAUGAGAUAA